AUGUGGCUAAAUUAUAACAAUGUUACGACAUUAAUUACUGCACUUAACGAAGAACCAUUUAAACCGUUAGAUCCAAGUGAAUUGGAAAUUCGUCAAAAAUUUGAUAAAAUAAUACGGUCUAACACAUUACGUUACUCAGUUUUGAUUGCGUCAUCAUGGACAUUCAUGAGUUUGAUGUCGUUGCUCACAGACUUUAAACACAGAAAGUUAACAUAUAGAGAAUGGGUACCGUACGAUUAUUCGUCUUACAUGAUGUUUUGUGUUACGUAUGUUCACCAAAUUCUGAGCACGUUUUAUUGUGCUAGCGUGAAUGUCGCCUGUGAUACCCUCAUAUGUGGUUUCUUAAUGCAUGUAUAUUGUCAAAUUGAAAUCUUGGAAUAUCGCUUGAAGAAGAUUUUAAGCGAUCAAAGCAUUUUGGACUACUGCGUACGCCAUCAUAACAGUAUAUUUCAAUUUGCGUGUUCCGUAAAUGCAAAAUUUUCGCAAAUAAUCGGAUUACAGUUUAUAAUAAGCACAUUGAUAAUAUGCUCUAAUUUGUAUCAACUGAGCCAAUCGUCAUUGAACGCAGAUAGUAUUGGAUUAAUUGGAUUCACGUGCUGCAUGUUAACAGAAAUAUUUCUUUAUUGUUGGUUUGGACACAAAAUAAAAUCAAAGAGCGUUCAAGUGGCAGAUAGCAUUUUCCAAAUAAAAUGGCCAUUGCUGAAUAAUAACGUCAAAAGUAAUCUCCUAAUAAUUAUGAAACGCGCUGCAGUACCUAUCGAAUUUACCACUGCACAUAUCAUCAGUUUGAAUUUGGAAUCUUUUGUGGCGCUGCUCAAAACAUCGUACUCCGCUUACAGUUUGUUAGUACAAGUACAGGAAAAGUAA